GAGAGCUUACCCAAGAGCAUUAGGACCCUGAAGGCACAGGGAGAAGUCACAUGGGCGGAAGGGAAGCAAGAUAGUAAAUGUGCAUGAAGUGAUACUGCUAGGAUCUUAUUCAACGUGGGACUUUUCCACGCUCAAAGGAGUACAAGCAGAGGAACAGAACUUGCUUAUACACCACUGCACUGACUUUGUGCUCAUCUGAAGGAUGAGACUUUCAUGGCUUCUUCGAAAGAGCUUUGAUUUUGGUGAAAGAGAAGUGGCGCACUGGUUCCCCGGACAUAUGGCAAAGGGACUCAAACAAAUGAAAACCAAGUUGAAAAAUCUUGACUGCAUAGUAGAAGUUCAUGAUGCCAGAAUCCCACUUUCUGGACGAAACCCCAUCUUUCAGGACAGUUUGGGAAUGAAACCUCACCUACUUAUUCUCAACAAGAUGGAUCUAGCUGAUUUGACACAGAAAAAGAGGAUCCUUGCCCAACUAAAGCAGCAAGGUGUUGGAAAUGUCAUUUUUACUGACUGCGUAAAGGAUCAGAACAUCAAGCAUGUUGUGCCAGUGAUUUCAGAGCUUGUUGGAUGUAGCCAGCGAUUUCACAGAGAAGAGAACACAGAAACUUGCAUUAUGGUUAUUGGAGUUCCCAAUGUGGGAAAGUCAUCUCUCAUAAAUGCUCUGCGUAGAAUGCAUCUCCGUAAAGGUAAAGCCUCCAGAGUUGGAGCUGAGCCAGGUAUUACGCGUUCUGUCCUUACCAAAAUCCAGGUGUCAGAGUCUCCUCUGAUUUUUCUUUUCGACACUCCAGGAGUGCUGUCUCCUAGAAUUGAAUCUGUUGAAACAGGAAUGAAGCUGGCGUUGUGUGGCACAAUCCUUGAUCAUUUGGUGGGAGAAGAUAUCAUGGCUGAUUACCUACUGUACAUCCUGAACCAGCAGAUGCAGCACAGAUAUGUAGAACAUUAUGGAUUGGAAAAGCCAUGUGCAGACAUUGAGACUCUUUUAAAAAGAAUCGCCUUGAAGUUGGGCAAAACCCAGAAAGUAAAAGCCAUCACGGGUGUUGGUGACGUGAAUAUCACAGUGCCAAACUACAAUGCUGCUGCUUAUGAUUUCAUCCGCACCUUCCGAAGAGGUCAGCUGGGAGUGGUGAUGCUGGACUAAAAGAAGAGAAAUGUAUCUGGAAUCAGAGAUGAGGAUAUAAGUAAAUAAGACUGCAUUUCCACUUGUGCUCUACUCUGUAAUGCAAGCUCUGUCUUUCUUUUUAACCUUCUCCUGGGUACUCGAUAUUCCCAUAUCAACUGGAAGGACAGUAUCAAGAUAACUCUGCACAUUUUUAAUAAUAUGGUUUAAUAAUAUGGGUACAAGAGCAAGCCCAAGAGCUACCUGGAUAAAGAAUAUUGUGAAGCAUUGUGAAGUAAUAACAGUAUGUUUAUAUUUUGUUGAGAAGAUGUAAUAUAAUUUAUUAUAAUAUGUAUACAAUAAAUGUAAAAAUGUAUUUAAUGAUAAAUAUUAUUACAAACAA